AAUGGAAGCGGAGGAGGAAGAAGGCAGCUACUAGGAGGGGUCAAGGAGAAGAUGUCUCUCGAACAUUACGUCGAUUUCUUCAUCUCUCGCGACAGCCACGGUUUCACCGUCAAUUUCCUCAAUCAGGUCAUUCAGAUGCACGGUUUCAUGAAGAUCAGAUCGCCUAAGAAUGUGAUAGCCGACGCCAUCGAUACACUAGAUCUAGUAGAACCUUGGCGCUCGACUGUGAAGCAGAAUGUUACUUCGUCGACAGCCACUUCGACCCUAAUUCUCGAUGACGUGAUAGCCGACCUCGAAUACCUGAAAUGGCAGGAGUGCUGUAUGACUUCACUUCAGAUCCUCAACGCUGAGAAAGAGGCAGCGAAAAUCGCACCUGCAAUGUCUAAGUUUAAAGACAAAUCGAGCAAGAGGAAGAAAUCGUCGACGAAGAGAGAUGAUUCCCUAAGAGCGGUAAUACAGUAA